UAGUCGACUCGUGUAGCACAAUCUUUUAACGUGGUUUCAAACACUUUCUAGGGAAGAGGAUUGUUCACAUUUGAAUAGAACCAGUGACAAUGAAAGGGAGCAUGAACUCUGAUGCGCUUACUUUCACGCAUCUUGUUUCCUGCCCGCAUGUUUCCGUGGCAGCGGCAAAAUAGCUCGUCGUCGCACGGAGUGAGAAACGACAGCCAAAGGAAGAGCUCGUCCCGUUUUUUUCACAUCCAAAGAGAGAACACCGCAACAUAAAGCUAAGCCUUUGUAAAGAAGACUCGUAUGUGCAGGAACUCAGAAGCGUGAGGAAGAGUACAUUUUAGCGAAUUAGCCUCUGCAAGGACAGACCUGACCCUCGCUUUUUUAAAUAUAUUUGUUUUAUAUUAACCUCGUAUCUAUUUCUUUUUGGUUUGAGAAAACUGCAGUUAAAGCAACUUGGCCGUUUUAUUACCGCCCACGUUUUGAAAGCAACAUCUGUUUGGCCGAUUUUCAAUCGAUUCUCAUGUAUUUCGCAGAGGGCAUAUCCUAGUUAUGUACGUUUUUUAACUGAUUUUCUUUACCCACGUCCUGUCCGGAAUUUUAAAAAAGGCUCGUUUUUGAACGCUGCUUGUGAGAAAUUCCCCAGUGAAAAUUCCAUUCGUUCCGAUGAGACAAGACAACUCACAGUGGUCAUCUGUUUUCAAGGCGAUCCACAUGCAUUGCCAAACUCUGCGUUUUUAUUAGCUAAAGCUUUGGCGGUCAUAACUUGUUAGACGGGCUACAUUGUAGAACAAGAAGAGCUAUAUCAAAUAAGAUGUUGCUCAAGGAGUACAGGAUAUGCAUGCCGCUGACUGUCGAGGAGUACAGGAUUGGUCAGCUAUAUAUGAUCAGCAAACACAGCCAUGAGCAGAGUGACCGCGGCGAAGGGGUGGAGGUGGUCCAGAAUGAACCGUUUGAUGACCCCGCCCACGGUCGGGGUCAGUUCACGGAGAAGCGUGUCUACCUCAACAGUAAAUUGCCCAGCUGGGCUCGAGCAGUGGUGCCCAACAUCUUCUACGUAACAGAGAAGGCCUGGAACUACUACCCCUACACCAUCACAGAGUACACAUGUUCUUUCUUGCCCAAGUUCUCCAUUCAUAUAGAGACGAAAUACGAGGACAACAAAGGCAGCAAUGACAAUAUCUUCUCAGACAGUGAAAAUAAAGACCAGGAAAGGGAAGUGUGUUUUGUGGAUAUCGCCUACGACGAGAUCCCUGAGAGAUACUAUAAAGAGUCUGAGGACCUGCGGUACUUCAAGUCAGAGAAGACGUCGAGGGGCAUGCUGCAGGAGGGCUGGAGGGACACCCAGGAGCCCAUCAUGUGCUCCUACAAGCUGGUGACCGUCAAGUUUGAGGUGUGGGGCCUGCAGACGCGCGUGGAGCAGUUUGUACACAAGGUGGUGCGUGAUGUGCUGCUCCUGGGCCACAGGCAGGCUUUUGCCUGGGUGGACGAGUGGAUCGACAUGACGAUGGAUGAGGUGAGAGAGUAUGAGCGCACCAUCCAGGAAGCCACCAAUGAGAAGAUCGGGAUUUCCCCCCCGUCGAUCUCCAUCAGCGAGAUGCCCCUGUCCUCCUGCACCCUCUCCGGCCCCGCCAGCGCCCCCACCACCCCCCUCUGCACUGACGCGCCCGAGUUCCUCUCCGUCCCCAAGGACAGAGCCUGCAAGAAGUCCGCCCCUGAGACCCUCACCCUGCCCGACACCGCUGCCCAGAACCAGAGUGGAGUCCCCCAAGGCUCUACCCUGGUGCCGCUUCCAAAUCACUCCCCCUGGCCCUCCUCUGACUCUGACCAGGCUGAGUUAGGGGGAAUAGGAGGGACGGGAUGUUCUUUUCCCCCAUAUGCCCCGCCACCUCAUUGUCUUAGUAGCCCAGCAAGACUAGCCUCUACACCCCAGUGCCCAGUCCUCCAGGCCCAAAUAACCAUAUUGCAGUGCUUCUUACACAUAUCUCCAGAGGUCAAAGGUCUAACCACCAGUUUCCAAUCUCCUACAUCCUCAACAGAAGUCUGUUUUGUCAGCCUUCAAAUGGGUGGCUUCCUGAGAUCUAGCCAAUCAGCUGUCUGAUCUACUGUAACAACCACCCAAGCUGUCCAUCAAGAGAACAUAUCCACAAGGAGUUUUGUGUGCUGUUCUCAAUUAGCGAUCCCUGCGUUUGUCAUAUUUUUUUUUAUCCGGUCAGCUGAUAAACCUUAUGUAAUGUAGCUGCCAUAACAACAUGAAAAGAGAGACAAUGAUAUUAUUGUUUUUCACUUGAGUGAAUGAACAUCUUUUCAUAGAAUUGUCAAAUAUCAAAUUAUAAUUUUGACCUUGAAAUAAAUCUACUUUUAAAUUAACAAAAUGGAAGUAGAAGUACUGUAGUAUAGUUAGUUUUAUUACUACAAUGAUUCACUAAAAAGACACCACCUUUAACCUGGACGGAGGGGAGGCCAUUCAAAACUGAACCCAGAUCUGUGUGUGUUGUGUGUGUUCAUGUCUCUCCACUCCACACUCCAACAGGUGGAAGGUCAGUACAACCACAGAAAGAGAUCCCGUCUCAGGUCUCCAGAGCUCUGCUUCGACCCUCUUUAGGAAGGGCAGGGAACGUAACCAUUCUCUCCCUGCUUUAAAACAUAAUUUUUUAUACCUGCAUCUAUACUCACCUGUCUACUUAACUAGCCUUUGGAACGUUUACACAACAUGAGAUAAGCCAUGAUAAAAUACAUAUUGGGCAUAAAGUUUGACGUUGGAGAGUGAUGCAGUCAGUUUAAUCAAAUUGGUAUGCAACAGAACAGAUAUGACUAGGAAAAAAUGCUGUAAAUGUACAGUUGAAGUCAGUUUACAUACACCUUAGCCAAAUACAUUUAAACUCAGUUUUUCACAAUUCCUGACAUUUGAAUCCUAGUAAAAAUCCCUGUCUAAGGUCAGAUAGGAUCACCACUUUAUUUUAAGAAUGUGAAAUGUCAGAAUAAUAGUAGAGAGUGAUUUAUUUCAGCUUUUAUUUCUUUCAUCACAUUCCCAGUGGGUCAGAAGUUUACAUACACUCAAUUAGUAUUUGGUAGUAUUACCUUUAAAUUGUAUAACUUGGGUCAAACGUUUCAGGUAGCCUUCCACAACCUUCCCACAAUAAGUUGGGUGAAUUUUGGCCCAUUCCUUCUGACAGAGCUGGUAUAACUGAGUCAGGUUUCCAGGCCUCCUUGCUCGCACACACUUUUUCAGUUCUGCCCACAAAGUAUCUAUAGGAAUGAGGUCAGGGCUGAUAGCCACUCCAAUAUCUUGACUUUGUUUUCCUUAAGCCAUUUUGCCACAACUUUGGAAGUAUACUUGGGUUCGUUGUCCAUUUAGAAGACCCAUUUGUGACCAAGCUUUAACUUCCUGACUGAUGUCUUGAGAUGUUGCUUCAAUAUAUCCACAUUAUUGUCCUCCCUCAUGAUGGCAUCUGUUUUGUGAAGUGCACCAGUCCCUCCUGCAGCAGCCUUUCAGGUUAUGUUGAUAUUGGACUUGUUUUACUGUGCAUAUAGAUAAAUUUGUACCUGCUUCCUCCAGCAUCUUCACAGGGUCCAUUGCUGUUCUUCUGGGAUUGAUUUGCACUUUUCACACCAAAGUACGUUCAUCUCUAGGAGACAGAACGUGUCUCCUUCCUGAGCGGUAUGAUGGCUGCGUGGUCCCAUGGUGUUUAUACUUGUACAGAUGAACGUGGUACCUUCAGGCGGUUGGAAAUUGCUCCCAAGGAUGAACCAGACUUGGAGGUCUACAAUUUUUUUUCUGAAGUCUUGGCUAAUUUCUUUUGAUUUUCCCAUGAUGUCAAGCAAAGAGGCACUGAGUUUAAUGGUAGGCCUUGAAAUACAUCCACAGGUACACCUCCAAUUGACUCAAAUUAUGUCAAUUAGCCUAUCGGAAGCUUCUAAAGCCAUGACAUCAUUUUCUGGAGUUUUCCAAGCUGUUUAAAGGCGCAGUCAACUUGGUGUAUGUAAACUUCUGAACCGUGAUACUGAAUUAAGUAAAAUAAUCUGUCUGUAAUCAAUUGUAGGAAAAAUCACUUGUGCAAUGCACAAAGUGGAUGUCCUAACCGACUUGCCAAAUUAUAGUUUGUUAACAAGAAAUGUGUGGAGUGGUUGCAAAAUGAGUUGUAAUGACUCCAACCUAAGUGUAUGUAAACUUCCGACUUCAACUAUAAGUGAACAUUGAGCACAGUGGAAAUUCCAUGCUUGCGCAGGGCACUUGCUUCAACCUGGCCUUAUUGUAUGUGCUUGAUUAUCUUUGCAUUGUGUUUUUAGAAAUGCCGGUAAUGUUGCUUGCCAAUGUUGGUACUUUACCCGUUUUGGUGGGCUCAAAGUUAUUUUGAAGCAACAACGUUAGCGGCGGCCAUCUUGUUUUCCCCUGCUCUAGCCUCAUCAGGAACUUUUGGGGGGGGAGGAAGAAACAUUGAGGACAGAAGGUUUGUCUUUGUGUAAUGCCCGAGCUACUAUUUUAUACAAUCACAUAGAUGCAUAAAGGGGUCUCCAUGUGCCGCAUGAAAUGUUCACAGACAUGUAUACAUAUGUAAAGUAUUUGUGUAUAUAAAUGGCAGGAUAUAUUGUUGAUGCGAAAUGGUGGAGAAAGCACAUGUGACGUUGUCCUAGGCUCUGUAGUGUAACCGUUGUAUAGUAAAGCAGAGUUUUAGUGGAGACUGAAACGGAGCAUGUUCUGGGACUUACAACUCUCUUCUCAGUGCCUCUGCAUGCAAAAGUCUGUAUUGUCUCGUCUGUAUACAACAUCCAAAACAUUUAAAAUAAAGGGAAAAAAACGUCCCAUUUUAUUGUAAUGUUAAAGGGCAAUUCCACCACUUUUCAACCUCGUGUUCGUUAUCUCCGGCACAAUACCAGUGUCUACACGAGUGAAAAUGGUGCGUUUCGUAGAAAAAAAAUAUAUGAAGUUACAAAGUUCUACCUGAUGACGUCAACCAUUUUGAAAACUAUGAUUUUCAAACACUCUGACAUUCGCGGUGACGUGGAGCAAGAAAAUAGCCUCCCUCUGGCUAGAAACUCGUGUAGAUUUUGAAAAUCUCAGUUUUUCUUGACUUUUAAUCCUACCCUGUGAUGUCACCGAGAAGCAGUUCUUUCGGACACUUCUUCCUGUCUUUGCAACCACAGAUCACAGAAACAUGCCGUUUUCACAUAUCUAGACACCGGUAUGGUGCCGGAGAUCAUGAAUAUGAGUUUGAAAAAUGGUGGAUUUGCCCUUUUUAAGCCUAAUUUUCAAUUUAUUGCCAUGUCAAAACAUUGAUUUGAAAUACAGCUUCAUGUUAGUUAUUUUCAUCAAAAUGUACAAGAUAUUGAGAGAAAUAGCUGACAUUUGUCUUAUCUGUUGACCAUUGUUUUGUCCUAAAGACAUUAUAUUACAUAUGUGGGCAUUUGCAUUUUGUGACGAGAGAACGAAAUUAGCUGUUAACAAAUGUACUGACUGUUAUAUCUCUGUUUUUAGGGUUUUGUUGGACCAAAGUUAUACAAGCCUACUUGUUUGUCAGAUAUAGACCACUCUACAGUGUCUAAGCCCAAAAUGUCUCCUCUUUACACAAGACGCUCACUAUCAAACUGUACUUGUCUUUGCCGUUAAAUUUCCUGUAGGAUACAUGUGUUAAAUGAUAUUGACUAUCAGGAAUAAAAAAAAAUAGAUCCAGGGAUAUGUUUGAGUGCCAGUAAGCUAAUGCCUAUAUCAAAACAAAUGCAAAAUGACAAGUAUAUUAUUUUUCAGAGUGAAGGACUAGGUUUUGUAAAUAGUGAACUCUUUCAUUUUCAGUUGCGUGCUCCACAUAAGUUCACGGAUACUUUUUGAGUGAGUUUAUGUCGAGCACAAAACGUAUGUGGAGCAUGGAACAGAAAAUGAAAGAGUUCACUAUUUAUAAAACCGAGUCCUUCACUCAGGAAAAAUAACCAACUCUUGAUAUUAUACUUGUCAUUUUGCAUACGUUUUGAAAGCGCAAAAGUUUGGUUUGAAUCUGUAACAUUUUACGGUGCAAUGUCCCAUUGUUAGUAUUCUUUAUCGAGCUGUUGAAAAAUCCACAGGAGAAAAGACCAUUGUAACUACAUGAUGUACAUUACAACCCUAUGAGCAAAAUACCAUUUAAAAAAAAAUGUCCUUUUUGGUUGAAAGUACUUUGAAAAUAGGUAUUUUUCAACAUAUUGUGCUCACUGUGAAAAUAUGUAUUUUGAAUUUGCGACCUCCCCAUUGUAGUGUGCAUCAAACGUUCCGGUUGCUUUUGGUGAUCCUACCGCUCUUUGACAUAAUGACACAUUAUCUAUGAAAACAAUAUUUCAAUCAAUAUUUUUUUGCUUUUUAUCGGGGUGACUGUGUUAUGCUUUUUGAAUUUAUAUAAUGCAUCUUGACUCGGAGGUUGGUUUUCUGUUAUAAUUCUCACAACUGCUGUAGUUUUGAUUUUGUGGUUUGCUGUAUUUCAAAUGGCAUCUGUUCAUUCUAAGAAAAGGACCAAGCUUUUAGUUGUGUCCCUCCUGAUGCGGCUUGCCAGGAUGUCGCGCUGUCUCCCUAGCUCUGGUCCGGGUUGUCACUGCUGCUUCCUGACACUGAGCCUCCUGAGCAGGACGAGCGUUAGCAAUCCACACUAACACCCUGGACCAGGGCUUACUCUCUCCCUAUCUGAAGUGCCAUCCUUGUUCGGCUACUGGAAGUCGCUCUGGGUUCUUCCACUGAUUUAUAUGUUAUAUUUUUACUGCCCUCCUUGAAGUAUAUUUGGUUCUCCGUUGUAAUUGUUUCACUUUUUUUUUCUUUCUUAAUUCUUGUAUUAAAUAAAGUUUACUUGCUACUA